UGGCAGGAGGAGUCCUGGCUUGUCUGCAGGUGCAUAUUCCUGCUGCUCAGCGAGGUGUUGGCUGCCUUGGGUGGGGAGGAAGGUGCAUGAAGGAAAAAGACCCCACUGCCGAAGACCCCGUGGGCUGGAUCAUCAGCUGGUGGAUCCGCAGGAAAGGCUUGGCUGCCUCUGCCGUGCGAGCGAGAGCUCAGCCAGCGCUGGGCGGGACGGGAAGCGCGGCCACGGAGGAGUGGGCUCCGGGACAGGGCUGCAGGAGGCUGAGGCAGGCGCUCACCUUCUCCCUGACUCCUCCUGGGACGGCUGAAGGGCUGACAGGGCUGGAGGAGGCUGAGGCAGGCGCUCACCUUCUCCCUGACUCCUCCUGGGACGGCUGAAGGGCUGACAGGGCUGGAGGAGGCUGAGGCAGGCGCUCACCUUCUCCCUGACUCCUCCUGGGACAGCUGAAGGGCUGCGGCUGUCCUGUCUCUGCUGCGGGGCUCUCUCCAAGCCCAGGACCUCCCCUGGCUUUGGGUGCUGAAGAGACCGAGCGGCACGUUCUCCCAAAAUGAUGGAAAAUAAAGUGUUCCUGUCAUUCACGUUCUACAGCACGAUUUUGAUUUUAAAAAUGUAUGUAGUUGCCAUCAUUACGGGGCAAGUGAGACUCAGAAAGAAGGCGUUUGCAAACCCGGAGGAUGCCCUGCGCAAUGGGGGGCUGCAGUUCUGCCGCGAGGACCCUGACGUGGAGCGGUGCCGCAGAGCCCACCGCAACGACAUGGAGAACAUCUUCCCCUUCCUCUUCCUCGGAGCCGUCUACUCCCUGCUGGAGCCCAGCCCCACGGUGGCCAGGAUCCACUUCCUCACCUUCUGCGUGGGGCGGGUGGUGCACACUGUCGCCUACCUGCUGCGGCUGCGGGCCCCGGCGCGCUCUGUGGCGUACAGCCUGGCCCAGCUGCCCUGCUUCUCCAUGGCCCUGCAGAUCCUGCUGGCCACCACCCCGUACUGGUAACCACCAGAGAGACCCACCACCCAAACCCCCUCGUCCUGGCUCUGCUGGUCCCCCCUGCGAGUGGGAGAGAGUGUGAGUGUGAGUGUGUGUGAGAUGUCACCAGGGAGGUCACCUGCACCGUGAGGAUGUUCAGUGCAGCCUUGAUGGAAUUCCACUGCCACUGGAAUUUGUUGGAGAAGCCACCAGAGAGAAGGGACACAUGCAGGGAGGGGGUGUGGGGGCAGGUUUCUCUCACUCCUGCCGAGGAUGAGAGGUGUGAAGCACAUGGACUGCUCCUCGAGGCAGGGGUCAUUGAAGGAAAGGUUUUCUGUGUUUGGAGCUGUGAUGGGGAAGGUGUGUCUGUUCCUCCUGGUCAUGAAUAUUCCAUGAAUCAGGCGGGGAAAAUCAUGAGGGUCCCACGAAGUCUCUCAGUCAGUAGAUGUGGUUGCAGAGGUUACGAAGCAGCCGCCCUUCUCCCGCCCAGCCGUGUGCCUCUCUGGGAAUGGGAGUCCUUUAGGAUUUUGCCCCUCAGGUUCCCUCUCCACCAGGGAGGACAGGAGGCAGGUGCCUUUCAGGCAGCACAACAGGAAAGUCAGAAUCUCUGGGGUGAUGUUGCAAAGCCAUUGAAGCGUUCAGUGCUCCCAGUGCCACCUCGUCUCACGCCACAGGACACAGCUCCCUGCCAGGAUCCCCACUGCAGGCAGAACCCUGCCAGCUCCUGGCAGCUCCUGGCAGCUCCCGGCUUUCCCAUCUCAGCCUCACCACAGCAAGAAGCAGAGCGACAGGCCUGGAGCAGCCAGCAGGAAUCCUGUACCCUGGACACAUUUGCUGGACACAAAGUUCUGGGACUUCUGGAAAAUGUAAAAUGCUGGCACAAAACAGGGGCUUGCAGGCAGAGUUUUCUCACAAAGGACAGUCUAGUCUUCAUGCCACUAAUACCUGAAGAUGGCCCCAGGGCAUCAGACUGAGUUUCUCCCCCUCUGUAGCCUUUCUCUGGCCAUUGCUAUUUGGGAAAUGUGCCGUGAUGGCCUUAGGGGUGUUUUCUUUCAGCUGCUUCCCGCUGUUCACUGCUGCCACGCAAUUCACAGCCUGGGCCAGCUGGUGUUUGCAGAAAGCUCUGGAAAUGAGCAGAGGGGCUCUGAAUGGAGCCUUGCUGCUCUGCAGUGUCACCCAGAGGUGUUGGAGAGGAGAGGCUGGGACCGGGGUAUUGCGGGUGACAAAGGCCCGUGAGCUCCACAUCUGUCCCCAGGUGCCAGGGACUGCUCCUGGCUGCAGCAGCAGCAAUGGAGCCUCCCUCUGGAGGAGAGGGCAGGAGGAAACUGCUCUUCAGUGCCUCCUCCCUUCUCUGUGGACAACACAGACAUCACAGGGGCAAGCCAGAAUGAGUAGAAAAUAAAUUCCCCUUCCACCUGUCCUGUGCACUAAGGCUGUGCCCUUGGCUCUGCUCUCCUCAGAGAUGCUCCUGCUGAGACCUCACUGAGCACUGGGGGCACACCAGCUCACACUGAUCUUCAGCCUUUGCUCAGCUUGGGUAGAACCAGUACCAGUGACUCCAUCCCAGUGCAGUUGUGGCCUCAGGCUCAGCGGUGUGGUGAAGUUUGGAGUGGAAUUCUUUGCUCUUCCACUGCGAGGGAGGUGGGCAGGAUUGGCCACUUCUUCACACAGAUGUCUGGGUAACACAGACCCCUCUUAACAAGUCUUUUCUGCCUCACAUGGUGCAUGAGGUCUUGAACUCCUGUAUGUUCCUCUGCUGCUGCACAUGCAUCCUGGUGGCAGGAAGCAAAUAUUCCCAAUAAAAACAAAUCGUUGUGCUCUGA